AUGUCCACAUUCGAUGAUAUCAAAAAAGGAAAGGAAGACGACGAGGAGGAUUCAGACGACGCGUUGUUGUGGCAAAUCGUCUCCAGCAAGCGCUCGGCGCGAGGGAAAAAACAUCUCCGAAACGUCCAACUCGCGAAAACGAAAUUCCGCCUCGGCGAAGACGAAGACGAAGACAAAGAAGAGGACGAAGACGACGACUUCGAAACGCUCGUGAGGGACACGGAGAGAAAACUGGAACGCGCGAAACGAGACGUGAAAGAGUCGAUUUUUUUCGAGCGUUUCCUGCGCAGGCUGCUCGUCGACGACGAAAACGAAAACGAAAACGAAAACGAAACCGACUCGGAGGAACAACCAAGUCGAAGGUGGUUUUUGAGGAGGUUGUUAAAAAGUGUCACAAAAAUGGUCGUUUUAGGCACCGGAUCGUUCAGACACUCGGCGACGAGUCGGUUUCAGAUGAUGUUUGCACUUUUAUUGGCAGAAGAAUCCGAGGAGGAAGAGAGCGAAGAAAAGAUGGUGUUUAGCGCUUUGAAGAAUGUGUGUAUAUACGACCCGGCGUUCGGGAAGGUGGAUUUGGAAGUUUUAAAACGGAUGAAGGUGGGAAGAGAAGGCGUGAGCGUGGAAGCGUGGUCGGCGGAACGGUCGAAGGAGUUCGUUGAGAAUAGCGGAGAAGAAAAGGAUGAGAGAGUAUUCGCGUACAUGCCUCACUGCGAGGCGGAUUUAUACGAGGAAAUUUUAGCGCACCGCUGGAAUGUGGUGAGUAGCGGCGAAAACGAAGAGGACGAUCCCCUGGGAAAGAUACUUCUUUGCGGGAAUAAGUUCUCUAACUAUUACGAGCGAUGGUCGUUCGCGAACAACUCGAGGUUGACCACGAAGACGAAACGGAAACCGAGUCGAGUCGUAGUCGUUGGAAACCAGGAAAACGCGUGCAUCGAGAAGGAAAUAUCGUUGGAAGAUGAAACGAAGGAGUCGAAGUUUUCGUUACACAACGGCGCAUUUAACGAUACGGCCGUGCACGUGUUUAAGAGCGGGUUUGUUCGUCCUGGUUUUUAG